UGGGGAAAACCUUUACUAAGUUUUUCUGUUGGAAUUUGUAGAGGGAAGACAUAGUCCAAUGUAGUACCAACCUAACCUACGAUCCUAACAUCCUCUAUCACUUUGACCCAAUUCACACAUCAAUUUCAGGUUUGAUCUGAAAUCCAGGAUUGCUACUUAGGUUACCAAGUUUGCAUCUCCAUAACUGAGAAGAGAACAAUUUUUGUGAUACUGAAGUCUAAAGUGUGCAACAUAUGGUAGUGCGCAUGGAAGAUGUUCUGUUGGAUACCAGUUGGAAAGAUGUAAUCUGCCCUAUAUGCUUGGAAGUUCCUCAUAAUAGUGUGCUCCUUCAGUGUUCAUCUUAUGAUAAGGGGUGCCGUCCUUUUGUAUGUGACACAAGUCAAUUGCACUCAAAUUGUUUAGAUCGUUUUAAAAGAACACAAAUGUCCGAUGCAAAUUCCGUGGCAAAUAGUGACUCAGUGGUAUCUGAUUGUCAAUACAAUUUGAGUUGUCCCUUGUGCAGAGGUGAUGUUUCUGGGUGGAUUGUAGUGGAUAAAGCUCGUGUGCAUCUUGAUGAGAAGAAGCGUUGUUGUGAUGAGCAGCAAUGUGCAUUUGUUGGAAGUUACUCCGAGCUGCAGAAACAUGCUCAGCUGGAACACCCUCAUGCUUGUCCAUCAAAAAUUGAUCCUGCCAGGCAGCUUGAUUGGGAAAAUUUUCAGCAGUCAUCCGAGAUUGUAGAUGUUUUGAGCACUAUUCAUUCAGAAGUUCCACGCGGAGUGGUUUUAGGAGAUUAUGUGAUUGAAUAUGGGGAUGAUGAUAGUGCAGAUGAGUUUGAGGACUUCCCUGGAGAUGAAGGUAACUGGUGGACCUCUUGUAUUUUGUAUAAUGCCUUCAAUAACUUUAGAAGUUCUAGAAACCGAAGAAGGGCAAGAGCUGGUGAUCCUAGUAGGGGUGAUCGCCCUUUAAGCUCUGAUACUUCAAAUUCUGAUGAAGGUUCUGUAGCAUCUGUAGAUUAUGGCGAGUAUAGGCUAGACGAGAUUGAUGAUGAUUUUGUUAGUUCUAUUGGCCCUUUGAGGAGUGGCAAUGGUUUUCGCAGAUCACGGAGACGACAUUCUCAUUCCAAUGACAACUAGUAUUCAAGCAGAUACACUCAACAUGAAACCAGUGAGAUCUUGAUGUAGCUGCUGCUGUGACUACUCACAAAGGUUACAUUAUGGUAAAUUGAAGCGACUACAUAACAAAAUUAACCAUUUAGUUUAUUUACUCACCAAAGUGAUUCUGCCAGCAUUUGCUGUGUUUAUUAACUGUAGCACAAUCAAUUAUUUCUUUUGCUUGUACAUAAAACUGCUUAGUUGUGAUGUGUUAGAAUGACUUUUGAACAGGGAUGUUUCCAUGUUACUUAAAAAUACUAUGUAUUUUGCUUCUCUCAUUUGUGACCACGUGAACCUUGAAAGUACUUUAGGAUCAUGUGGAUGAGAUUUGAAAAGAACAACCUAUGCUUUUGUUUGAAA